AUGAUAAAAGUUUGGAACAAUAAUUGCAACAAGAGUACGAAUGAUAGCGAAUCUCAGAAAAGGCCAAUUUCCAAGAUUGCUUUGGAGGAUGGCGUCUUUCACUUGGCUCUCAUAUUCCUCAUCCACACCAUUACCCUUGUUAUGAUUCUUGUUUUACCCAACCCAACUCUCAAAUUCUUCAACUCGGAUCCUGGAAUGAUCCUAACUUCUGUUCUCUUUCUUCGGCUAGUCGUCCUUGGUGAACCAUCUGGAUUUCCAUCUUUCCGAACGUCAGUAAUGUCGACAACAUCAACGGAACCCGCGUUGCCAGAACCAUAUACUAUACAAUCGGCAGUGUUCAUACGUCCGGUGAGUCUGGCGAGAGCAACGAUAGUUGAACCGGUAUUGCCAACACGGACGUCUAUGUUGUUGUCGUUUGACAGUGGAGCUGAGAUUGAGAAUAAGCACGAGGAAAGAUCAAAUGAAGAAUGGACUAUUAAUGUUGAUGAUCAUGUUGGCGCUGGUAGUAUCGACCCUGUUAAUAAGAUCAAGGAUGAAGGCCCGAAAGAUAGUAGCAGCGAGCAAGAAGAUCGAAAGGGAGAAGAUGAUGACGUGCUUAUUGAUGCCGGGGAAAUUGGAUCUGAUUCUGAAGGAACAAAUGCUGAUGCAAGUGAAAAAAUAUUCGGAGAAGACUCCGAGUCGCUAGAGCCAACCUCUACCAAUAUUUCGCAAGCUAUUUUGAUACGAAGAGAUACUGUAAAAACGAUAAGUCGGAAUAGCAUGAGCGGACGGAAGUACAACCCUACGUUAGUUGUUCAUAUGAACACAGAUGAUAGUCACAAGAUUAAACGUUCGCUAACGUUACCUAAUCUCAUGCGGAAUAAUAGUUCUAGAAGACGGUUGUCGGUAACGAGACAAAGGAGCGAAAAUAGAGGAGAAUCGGGUAACAGAGUAAAGAGAGUCAAGAGUUUGCCAAAAAUUGGCAAGAAAACAAUUGUACGGGACUUUGAUAUCACUGGGAAUAACAGUGAUUGA